GAGGUUGUUUGACGUUUAGCGCAUGCGCGCGGGCUCCAACGUCUCCAUGGAAACUGUUGAGCGGAGCUUGGCACCGCACGGACUCGCAGCAUCCCUCAGAGCAUCACUGAGCCGUGAUCAGCCUGCACUGCUCGGAUCCAUACUCUGUUUCAAAGCGCCAACAUGAAGUUUAUGGUGGUGCUCGUGGGCGCAGGCAGCCUCGCUUUCCUCGGAGCGGUCAUCUGCAUCAUCGCCAGCGUUUAUCCGCGAAAACGGAUCGCUCCAGACGGGGACAACAGCACCUCCUCUGAGGGCCUGCUGCGGCCCCUGGAGUCCGAGGCCGUGGCUCAGGCGGGGCCGCUGGGUGCGCUUCAUGGAGGUUCCUCGUAUGAUGGGGCCAAUGCGCUGGGCGGACUGGAUCUGGACCUCCCCAUCCUGAACGAGCUGGGACAGAACCCUGCGCUGAGCUUCAGCCGCCUUGUCUGCACUCCGCUGCCGCUUGGAGAUUGCGGCGGUCGGGUACAGGCCGACGAGCCUCUGCCAGGAGUCGCGGAUGAAGACUGGAGCAGUCUGCGCGCCACCGCGGAUGAGCUGCAGCAGGUGAUUCUUCAGCAGAAUCAGCAGAUCCUCAUGGAUCAGAGGACCAUCCGUGAGCUUACAAGCAAACUGAGCGAGUGUGAGAGCGGCCUGGAGGAGCUGCCUGCCCCCGAAAGGAGUGUCGACUUGUGGAGCGGCAAUCGUCGCAUUAUGGCGGGGGAUGAGGUGGGCUCCACGGCCGCGCAGCUGCAGACAGCACGGGCAGUGGAGGAGCUGGCCCGGGCCAUCAUGGACCUGAAAGACCGCAUCGAGAAACUGGAGGCGGAGAUCGGGCCUCCUGCUCUGAACCGCUCUGACUCCUUCUCUGGGGGCAGUCCCAAGGGGAGGCCCUCCACCCCACCUCCACCAGCAGCAGGCUCCCUGAAGCCCCACAGACCAGUGCAAUCGGCCAAAUCCGCGUCUAAGGGCUCUGCAGCUCGGCCCAAGGGCCCCUGGAGAGUGGAGGACCUGGAGGGCGAGCUGGAGAGGAAGAUCAAAAUGCUGGAGAGAGAGCGUCAGGCCAUGAGGAAGGAGACACAAGGGCCCCAGGACAAGAUGAACUCUGGAGGGGAGAGUGUCAGCCCGCCACAGCAUGGCCUGAGCGAGCCUUCCUUCCCUGAUGGUUUCGUGCUGUCCUUCCCCAUCCGCACUAACUACAUGUACGGUGUGGUGCGCCGAGAGGUGACAGAGAUGUACGCUUUCACCGCCUGCCUGUGGCUCCGCCCCACAGAGGGAGGCAUUGGAACCCCCUUCUCCUACUCUGUUCCAGGACAACCCAAUGAGCUGGUACUCCUACAGGGGGCGCACAACCCAGUGGAACUGCUCAUCAAUGACAAAGUGGCUCAGCUGCCCCUAGACCUGCCUCGGGGCCAGUGGCAGCACGUGUGUGUGAGCUGGACGCUCCGUGACGGCGUGUGGAAGGCCUACCAGGGGGGCCGACUCAAGGGCCGAGGGGAAGGGCUGGCGGCCUGGCACCCCAUCAAGCCCGGAGGAGUGCUCAUCCUGGGCCAAGAACAGGACACAGUGGGAGGCCGCUUCGAUGCAUCCCAGGCCCUGGUAGGGGAGCUGUCCCAGUUUAACCUGUGGGACCGUGUUCUCAAACCCGCUGAGGUGUCUGCUCUGGCCGACUGCAGCUCCUCCGCUCUGGGGAAUAUUGCUCCCUGGACAGACCUGGAUGUGGACGUGUACGGAGGGGCCACCAAAGAGUCCACCGAGCCCUGCCAUGGUGCCCACAAGCUCCCAAGUCCCAACCAGUGAGGGCCCAACCAGUGAGAGUCCAACCAACCAGGCUCUCCACAUGUUGUUGUAUUGUGUCCUGUAUUGGAAGGUUUCAGAUAACAUCACAUUUGAUAGAGUUUAAUGUUUAAUGAGACAACACAGGAAAAAAUAUGAUUUUGUUAAUGUGCCAGUGUUGUAGUGUGGGUGGAUAUAUUUAAACAUGAGGUUUAGCACCAGUGGAUUGUGAUGUUUCUU